AUGGGUUAUGAGAACACAACGGACAAUGUUUUAUAUAAAAUUCGCAUUAUCGAUCUUUUUACACUUGAUUAGAGAGACAUUAGAGUUAGAUAUAGUCUUUUGCUUGAUCUUCAUAAUGCCAUGCAAGAUUCCAAUAUAAAUUAUCAACUUCCUUAAUUUCCCAAGAAGGAAUACUUGAAGACAUUGUUUGGAGAAAAUAAAGUGAUCAAAAAGCGCGAAUAAAAAAUAGGGGAGUAUUUUCAAUAACUUCUUAAAUGUCCUCCUCCUAAUCAUAAAUUAUUACUUGAUUUUAUUAGAGAAGGAGUUGACACAAUUAGAUAAUAAGAAUUAUUAAAAGAAGUUAGCUCGAAAUAGGAAAUACUUAAAUUUUUUAAUAGUGAAAGGGUGUUAGAAAAGGGACAGUUUGGGAAAACCACUUUAUAUAGCGUAAACGGAAAAAAAAUAAUUUUGCAUAAGUUUUACGUUAUGUAGCAUUAAAGUGAUUAAUUUUUCCAAGCCUAUAUUAAGGCUCAUUUAAAUAUUUUUGAUUUUAGCUUAUUCACUCAAGUGAUUUCUAUAUUCUAUAUACGACCUAAGGCUAAUUUUGUCGACUCUAUGCUUGGCUAAGUGAAAUAGCCAAAGGUUAGUAAGAAAACCAAUAUUUUUACUCAUUUUUAUCCCAAACAUAUUAGAGUAGAAGCAGUGAAGAUAUUCUCACUUGAAGAAUAUGAGGGAUAAAAUCUAAAUGAAGUGAUUAAAGAUCGAAAGAAUAAAAAUAAACCUUUUACUUUAGAUGAGCUCUUAAAUAUCAUACAGAAAAUCCUAUAGGCAAUAAUUUAAUUGCAUAAGCGCAAUAUAUUUCCAAAUAGAAUUUUACCCACUUCCAUUAUUAUCAAUAAUGAGAGUGUUAAAUUAGCCAGCAUCUAAGAGCCAAAUGCAAAAUAUAAGGAGAAAUAUUUGUUAGAAGGAUAUGCUAUUAGAACUGAAUAAGAGUUUGAUGUUGUUUAUUACCCUCCUGAGAAAAUGAGUUAAUAGUUUUAAUAAUUAAAUGGAAGGUUGAUAGAUAGUUGGCACUUUGGAGUGUGUAUACUAAUGGCAGCUUUGCUAUAUACAAAUAAAGAAUUGGAUGGAAUUCAUUCAUGUUAUCAAGUUGAUAAGUUUGCAAAUCAAGUAUAGUUGUUAUAUGGUGAUGUAAUAGCAGAAAUAAUUAUGUUGAGUCUAAAAUAAUAGCCACAUGAAAGAGCUGAUAUUAGAGAAUUGUAUUUCUUGGCCAAUUAGACAGCAAUAAUCAAAUUUCAUUCAACUGUUUUGAAUCAGUAAGAGAGAACUUAAAUUACAUACUUAAAAAUUAAUACCAUAACACAAGAACAAUUAGAAAGUCUCUAAUAACUAAUUUAAAAAUCUCCAAUUUUAUCAGUUAAAAUCAAUCUAUAUAAAUAAGAAAUAGAUUAAUAAGAAUUUGAUAAAUUAUUAUAAUUACUGGGUAAUUUCGCUGAAGUAAAGUAUUUUCAGAUGAUUUUAAAUAAAACAUAAAAUUUAAAUUUUGGAAACCUCUGCGUUGGUUUAUAGAAAUUAAAGUAAAUCAAACGUCUAUCUUUGGAUUUGAAGGGAAUUAAUAUAGAAAAAGAAGACAUUGAUCAAGCAAAAGAUUGA